ACACGCACACACACACACACACACACACACACACACAGUCAGUCCAAACCAUAAUUACAGGCUGCAGAUGUUCUGCUGUUGAAGUUUCAUUGCUGAAGAAUGUUCGAAACCAACAAGAUCAGAACUGAGAACAGGACCAGGACCAGGACCAGGACAGAAACCAGGACCUGGUUCUCCAAGACAGGAACCAAAGCGGGACCAUUGUAGUGCUGUCAUGUUACUGUCAACAAACCUUGAUGCUGGUCCAAAAUCGACCAGAGCUGAGACCAGAACCUACUCUGAGGCACCUGUUUGAUUUUAAUCCAUCAGAUUAAAUUAUUCUUUAUGUUUCAGACUUGUCUGAAAUCAACUUUGACUUCAUCACACUGAGCAGCAGAACUGUUCUCCUGUUCUUCAGUUUCAGGGUGGGUUCUACAGCUCCGUUCCCCCUGUUUCCCUCCAGCCGUCGUCAUGGUGAUGCUCAGCUAUGCAGCUCAGAGGAAAGAGGCUUUUGUUACCCACAAACCCUUUCACCCCCCCAGCCUCUCCUCAGCUCAGCUCUGUUCUCUGACUCGAGCAGUAAAGUGGAACUGGAGCGGUCACAUGACGCUGUGAGUCCAACACAGUACUGAUCUGGUCCAAACAAUAAAUCCAGUUGCUUCCUGUCCUGUUGCUCCUCUCAAAGUUGUCUCAUGGUCCACAGAACAGUUCUGGAGCUUCACAGUAAAACAGAGCUGCAGCGUUCUGCUGAACAACUGAAGCAGCUGAGACUUGAUUUAAAACAGAGAAACAACCAGAGAAACAUCACGUCUCCAACAGCUCGUCUGCAGGAGACACAUCACAACCUGAUCUCAGACCAGAUUCACACCUUUAUUAAGCUGAAGACUUCACUGGAGCUGCUGAGCUAACAGUGUUAGCAUCAGGUAGCUCUCUGAUCAAAAUCUGGUCAAUAAACAGUUGAAUGUUUGAGGCGUGUUCUGCUGAGCAGAGACUCACAACAUGUAAAUGUAUCUGAACCGAAGGUGCUUCAAAACAACGUUCAUCAUUCUAACUUUGAGCUAAAUACAAAAUGUUGUUCUUCUGCACUAAGUGGGGUCAUGUGGUCAUGUACUGCAUGCUAACACUGUUAGCUCAGCAGCUACAGUGAAGACUUGAGUUUAUAAAGGGUUAAAUUAUGUCUCCUUGGAUCAGACUGUUUCUGCAGUUCUGCAGACUUUGAUUGAUCCAGCUGAAUGCCAUAAUGUGGUUUCUUCCUCCUUAUUGGCUGACAGGAUGUUCUCUGUUCAGACUGGCAGCCUCUCCUGUAUCACUGGUGGAGAACCUCAAGGUUCUGUUUCAGGACCCUUAUACUUGCUGUGUAUUUGUCUCUUUGAGGAUCUGUUGUUGGAUCAGUGCUUUACGUCCUGACUCUGAUCAUGUCUGUGUCCAGCUCCAUCACACUCCAGAACAUCGUCAAAGAGACCACGUAACAGCCAGCAUCUGUCCAGAUUCCCUCUGUUCAGUUUUCAGGAGAAGAAAGGAGCGAAAUAUACAACGAGCAGAGCAGGAGGAGGGCAGCGCCUUCAUCCUCCUCAUCCUCCUCAGUGUGUGUGUGUGUGUGUGUGUGUGUGUGUGUGUGUGUGUGUGUGUGUGUGUGGUCGCUCUCCGCUCUGCCUCGCGCUGCUGUCGGACUGUUUCUCCUCCGGACUCUGACUGAAGGACCAUGUCCCGGUCCAGCAGGACUCUCUCUGCUCCUCUUCACGGUUACUACCUGACAUGAGGGACUGAAGCUUGAGGACGCAGCACCCCCUGCUGGACUCCCGCCGCCAUUGCAGGCCAUGGCUGAGCCCAGCUACUCCGACCUGAUCGCCAAACACUACAACUACACCGGCAAGUUCCGGAAGACGCAGCAGGACUCGGGUCUGAAGGCGGACUCGGUGGUCUUCAUCAUUGUCUGCUGCUUCAUCAUCCUGGAGAACAUUCUGGUCCUGACCACCAUCUGGAGGACCAAGAAGUUCCACAAGCCCAUGUACUACUUCAUCGGGAACCUGGCACUGUCCGACCUGCUGGCUGGGGUCGUGUACACUGCCAACAUCCUGCUGUCAGGUGCCAACACCUACAAGCUGACACCGACGCAGUGGUUCUUCAGGGAGGGCAGCAUGUUUGUGGCGCUGGCGGCCUCCGUCUUCAGCCUGCUGGCCAUCGCCAUCGAGCGCCACCUGACGAUGCUGAAGAUGAAGCUGCACAACAGCGGAAACACGUGCCGCGUGUUCCUGCUCAUCAGCACAGUGUGGAUGAUCGCUGCAGUUCUGGGCGGGCUGCCAGUGAUGGGCUGGAACUGCAUCCAGAGCAUGACGCAGUGCUCCACCGUGCUACCGCUGUACCACAAGACCUACAUCCUGUUCUGCACCACCGUCUUCAGCAUCAUCCUCAUGGCCAUCGUGGUGCUGUACGCACGGAUCUACGCACUUGUGCGCACGCGCAGCCGCAAACUAGUCUUCCGCAAAGUGUCGAAUGGCCGCGGCAACGCAGGGACCAACGUGAAGAGCUCCGAGAAGUCAAUGGCGCUGCUGAAGACCGUCAUCAUCGUCCUGAGCUGCUUCAUUGCCUGCUGGGCACCGCUCUUCAUCCUCCUGCUGCUGGACGCUGCCUGCGAGACGCUCAGCUGUCCGAUCCUCUACAAGGCCGAGUGGUUCCUCGCACUCGCCGUCCUCAACUCCGCCAUGAACCCGCUCAUCUACACACUGACCAGCAACGAGAUGCGCAGAGCUUUCCUCAAGACGCUGCUGUGCUGCACCGCCUGCGUCCGGCCGAGCGCCAAGUUCACUGGGCCGGUCAUGGGGGCGGAGUUCAGCCGCAGCAAGUCCGAUAACUCCUCCCACCCCAACAAGGAGGAGAUGGAGCAUUCCCCCAGAGAGACGGCUGUGUCCUCGGCCAACGUCACCUCAUCGUCCUAAAGUAGACGAGUGUAGAGCUUCAGUAGUUUUUUCAUACAGGAAACAGGUGCUAACUGGUCAGAACCAGCAGCUGACCCAGACUCAUAGCACUUAUGGAGACUUUAAACUGGGUCAACUGGGACCAGUGAGCCCUCAGAUAGAAACGGGCCACGCUUUGUAAGAAGCUCACACCUGGAGCGUGUCCUCACCACACCUGGGCUGUCCUGGCCACACCUGGACUGUCCUCACCACACCUGGACUGUCCUCACCACACCUCGACUGUCCUCUCAAGCAGGGUCACUUCAGCCUCCUGGAUCACGCUGGUCCAGGUCCAGUCAGGACGGGAUCGGACUGGCAGAGUCCGGUCAUCAUGUUGGGGUGAUCUCUGAUGAGUUGUGAUCCGGGUGGACGGAUGUGAGCUUUGUACAAAGUGUUUUUGGUCCUUGUAGAAGAAUCGGACUUCAUACUGACCCUCUAAGAACAACUAGAACUUGUAGUCUUAAACAGCCGGAAGAUAUUUAAGAAUACAAUUAAUUAAUGUUGUUGUUUCUUCACUUCCUUUAAAAUCUCUUCAUGUGACAGAGUUCAGCUGCUUCUCACAAACCCAACCAGUUUGUUUCAUGUAGAAUUCAGAUAAGAAAGCAGCUGUUUGUGAAGUUUGGACUCGCAGACAAACGUCAGAUUCAAUGAGUUACUUUAAGUUCUCCGUCAGUGUUUCAACCUCCCCACAGAGCGGAUCCGCCCACAACCAGCGGUUGGGUUUCCUCCAGAAGGGGCGACGUGCCGACUCACUGAGCAUCCAAAGCAGCUGAACUCUGAGUUUUUGUUGUGACGUUUUGUAAAAAGUUUAACUGUGUGAAUGUUUAGAAACUGUUGGUCAGAAUGUAUUUUCUACUUCUUGUCUGUUGUUGUUCCUGUCAGUAGUGAUGUCAUCAGUCCAAUUAAUAUGUCAAACCAAGAAGAAAAAAACAUUUUCGUCAGAUGAUGAAAGGUUUUGUUUUGCUUCAUGUCUGAGAAAUUCUGAGGGCAAAUAUUGAAAGAUAAAAUUUGAUGAAGAACAAACAAACAAUGAAACUCAGAUGAAGUUAAUUCUGAGAAGAACCUCAGACCAGGGUCCAUUAACUGGCUGUUCUGGAGCUGAUGAUCUUCAUCAGCAUAUUUAAAAGUCCGGAGCUAUUGUGGUCCUGAACCUUGAAGUCAACACAACCAGAAGUCAUGAACUGAUGAAGACUGUGUUGUAUGACUGAAAGCUCCAGGACAGCUACACAAUGGACCUCGUGGUGAAACUCUGCCACGUGACACUGAGUCAUAUUUCUGGCAACUGAUUUUUAUUUGUGCUGUUCAGAACCUCAUAGAGAAACUUUAUGUUUUAAGAAAAUCAUCAUCUUUGUAACUCUGGUAUGAAGAUCUCACUGUUACUAUGACAACCAGUUCUUCUAAAUGUCCAUCUUGUGUCAGGAGCUGAUCCAGUAACCCAUUAACUCCUGUCUGUCUGUCUGUCUGUCUGUCUGCACUGUUUAACUCCUGAAUGUUGGUUUGUUAGUGAAAAAUAAAGACAGAAUUAGAAACA